CAGAGCAGAGACACAAACACAAACACAAACACAUGACAUUCAGCGGAAUCAAGCCGCAGCAGCGCUGACAUCUGUGUGGCUCACAGCUUCAAGUUGCUGGUAUCAGGCUGGAGUUGGUUUGUGCUUCUCAUGGGUGCAUCUGUGUGCCGGCACGGCCGCUCGCUCCUGUCCCGUCACAGCAGGGCCGGUCACAAGGGCUCUCUGACGGGUGGGGAUGACUCUCUAGACGGUCUGGACAGACAGCAGGACAUCGCCCAGUUCCCAUAUGUGGAGUUCACAGGCCAAGACAGCAUCACCUGUCCUACCUGCCAGGGGUCCGGACGCAUCCCAUCAGGGCAGUUGAAUGAGUUAGUUGCUCUGAUCCCCUACAGCGAUCAAAGGUUACAGCCACGGAGAACGAAGUCGUAUGUGGUGCUCUCAGUGAUUUUGUGUCUGCUGGCAUCUGUUUUGGUGGCUUUCUUCCUGUUUCCACGUCCUGUGCUGGUCGUUGAUGAUGGCAUUCGCUCUGUGACUGUGCACUUUGACCGUAACAACAGCAAAGUGCUCAUCAACAUGACGAGCUCCUUGAACUUCACCAACUCUAAUUUCUUCACGGUGUGGGUGGACAGCGUGAGCUGCCAGGUGCUCUACAUGAAGACAGUCAUCGGAUCUCAACAGCUAGACAACAUCAUCCACAUUCAACCUCUCAGCCAGAGACAGGUCAACUUCACUGUCAGCAUGGAGAUUGGAGGAAGUCUCUCUUACGUUUAUGCCUUCUGCACCAUGGCAAGCAUCAAGGUCCACAACAUUGUGGUGUUCACGCAGACCUCUGUGAAAACCUCCUACAUGGUGCGGGCGGCACAGAACACUCUGGAGGCUUACCGCUACAUCGACUGUGGCGCCAACUCCACCACCCACCAGCCCUCAGGAAUGGUGUGGUCAAAACCUCAGAUUGGGAAACUGCUCAGGUGAAGCAUCAGCCGGCAGACGGUUUGAUUCUCAGCGGCAGCUCGGUUUCAUCAAUUUUGACUCCAAAUGUUGUGCUA